AUGCAAGAAAGUAUCCUUAGCCAACCAGGAGAAGGGCUAGAGGUUGAUUUUGACAAUGUUGACCACGCGCUGGCAAUUCACCUACUGCAAAUCCACUGGAAUAACAUUGACAUCCCGUCUCUUGUCACCUAUCUACCAACAUUCAUUGGGGGCUUGAUUUCCGGCGAGAAUGUCUAUAUGAAUAAGAUUCUUCUGAACGCGGUCUUUUUCUCAAGUUCGCUUUACAGCGACCGAACAAUCCGUCGUUCGGAUUCGGCAUCCCGGCACUCGGUGGGUGCAUUUUUCAAUCGCAUAUUUCAGGGGCUGCUUUCUCGCCCCGAUGUCCAGCCCAGCAUUGCAAGUGUAAUGGGUAUUGUCAUAUGUGCAGGCUCUCUUCUGAGCCGUGGAUAUGGUUACCACGCUGUGGAGCUUCGCAAAAAGGCAUGGCACAUGCUCGCGACACUCGAGAUUCAAAAGUUUAAUUCAGAGGGAGUAGAAAGCUCGAACCCCUUGGCCCUAGCAUAUGAAGUUGAAAAAGAGGUCUGCAUUCGUGUACGGCUAGGAAUAUUCGCUCUCGAUACCCUACUUAUGCUAUAUCUUGGAGAACCUAUUGCAUGCCACCUUCCGACCCUUCCUAUGGGAAAAAUGAGGGAUGACUUUGAGGAAGAACAGGAUUGGACUCUAUAUGUUGAUCCUACAGGUAAUUCGGGCUUUACCAAGCUUUGCCCACAGCGCGCCCGUACUAUCACAACGUACGAGGCCCAAAUCGCAACGUACGAAGUCUUCGCGAAGAUAAUCCAUACUUUUUUCCUCGACAAAAGCGUGAAAACUGACGAAGAGAUUCAAGAUAUGUGGAGAACAAAGCGCCAGUUCGAGGGUGAACUCUACAGUAUGCGAUUAAAGUACAAAUCUUGCCAGGAACCCCUUUUUAGCCUGGACCGUCCGUCUGCACCCCAUAUUGUCGCUCUUGUAGUAUGGAAUUAUGCUGCGGAAAUACUUCUGCAGAUACCUUUCCUCGAGCAGGCACGGUUCGAAAAUGUUGGCCGCGGGAAAUAUGUUGGAACCCAGAGGCUUUGCAGAUCAAAGGCUUUCGAGAUAUGCGGAUUGAUGUCAGAGUAUAAAAAAUGGUAUUCGCUUCGCUGGGUUUCAUUGAUGACUUCCUUCUCUAUUUACCUCGCCUACAUGGCCUCGUCUGAAUCUCUCUUCGGCGUCCCGGACCCCAUCCUUCUUUGCAAACUUGAGCGUAUGGUUGAUCAACUUGAACGAGGCUCUAAUCCGGGGUUGCGAGCCAUGAUGAUGAAGCCGGGCUGGCAGCCGCCACAUUCAGAGACAGCCGUGAAGGAUUAUCUUCACGACGCGAGCAUCAAGGUGUACCGCGACUGGUCGCUUGGGAAACCAAAUGAUAUUUGGGCGCCCUAUGUACCGCGUGACGACCACAACAUUGGACACAGAGACAAGUAUCUGAACUUUGGUACUGAAAGCGAAAUGACAACCGUGGCAUAUUUCGUGAACACAUGGUGCCCGGAUGAUAUGCCUGGAUCGCCUGCAUGGCUUCGAGAUGCCAUGCGUUUGAUCAUGACCAAACCUCUCAUAUGCCAGGCCCUCAAGCUCGUCUCGGGGCUACAGUCAGCUGGAGCAACUGAAGGCUCGUCUAUCGUGACCAAGGGUCGUGUGCUCUAUACCAACCUCGUGGUCUCCAUUCAGAAACGACUUCGAGCUGAGCCUGCCGAAACAUCGAUCGAAUUACUCAUUGCCGUUAGUCUUCUCGCAAUGCUUGAGCGUCACCAAUCUAGCUUAGUCACAUCAUGGGGAUUGACGAAGGAGCAUUGGGCAACGUCCCUGGAGUUACUCGAGUGCAGAACGGGCAUUUUCCAUCGAGACGGCAUUGCUCACGAACUAUUUUUGGAUAUGAGGUAUCACUCUGCAAUACAUUUCUUAACCGCCCAAAGAUCCAGUUUCCCAUCGUCCUUUGGUUGGAAGAACGACCCGUGGAAGGAUCCAAAGCAAGAGGACUCACUUCAACAGCUGAUUGAUAUUGCGUUCGAAGUUGCAGGCGCCCAGCGCGAAGACGACGACGACGAGGAUGAUGGGCCCCGGCUCCGAGCCGGCCCCUUGCAGCCAUACCAUGAUGAAUUAUUGCGUUGGAAACUCCGAUUCGCCCCUGACUUCCCUUUCAGCAUUGAAUACCGAGCGCCUCCCACGUUCAUCCCCAACCUGAUAUUCCGCGACUGGAACAUCGAAGGGACGGCCAUCGUGGAGAGAGAUCCUAUUCUCUAUCCGAAUCCUUCCCUUGCCUUGCCUUGGCUCUCUGCCUCACAGCACAAUCUGGCUAAAGCUUUUCGGCAUGAAGUCUAG